AUGGAGCACCCCGGUAGUUUCACGUCGUCGCCAUGGGCAGCCAUGCUGGGCCAUGGCAUGCACGGAAUGAUGCAGCAUGAGUACUCCCAUACGCAUGCACAUGCAUCGAUGCCAAUGGAUCUGCACGUGCCGCAGCCUUUUCCUUAUUACCGAAUCGAAUACGAAUCAAAUGACAGUGAUCACGUGUCGUCCGUCGCCGCUAAUGUUCGUUCGCACUAUAAUCUGCGCGUACGCACGCCGAAAUUACGUCCAAUAUGGCGGCAAUGGCGGCUGUCAUUUGGCGCGUCGGGUCCGUUCUGA